CUGUGAUUAGUUAUUGGUGAUGAUUGUGUUUAGUCGGUUCCUACUAUAAUUUUUAAUCUAAGUCUGUCACUUCUGUAAUAAUGCCUUCCUUAACCCAAGCCCUCGUUUCUCUUCUUUCGGCCGCAAUCAUCGGCCAGGUCCAGGCGGUUGACCCGCUUGUCGACCUUGGCUAUACCAAACUCCAAGGAGUCGCCGAGCAGGGCGGUGCGACUCGAUGGCUGGGCGUCCGGUUUGCUGCGCCGCCGGUGGGCCAGCUCCGAUUCGCGGCGCCGGUUGAUCCUCCGAACACUACUGAUGUCGUCAAUGCUUCGAAUCUUCGCUUUGCUGACAAGUCUACCCAGUUCCGUCCGAUAUGUCUGGCCCGAAGCGCCUCCGACUUCACGAUGAAGCCCAACAAGCGCUUCACGACGGACGAAGACUGUCUCUAUGUCAAUGUUUUUGCACCGUCGAACGCGACACCUGAUUCCAAGUUGCCAGUCAUGUACUUCAUCCAAGGCGGCGGGUUCCAGUCUCUUUCCAAUGCCAACUUCAACGGCAGUGAUCUGGCCAGGUUUGGAAACAUGCUGGUCGUUCAGGUGAACUAUAGAGUUGAGCAAAGGCUAAUGUCAACUACACGGCCCUAUGGUUUCUUGCAGAGCAAGGAGGUGGAGGCUGGCGCGAGUAUGAACAACGGCCUCAAGGACCAGAUCCAAGGCCUGAAAUGGCUGAAGCAACACGCCGCUGCUGUGAGCUUUCUUCCAACCCUAUCUUCUGCUUCCCCGUUGCUGACUGACCUCGAAAAGUUCGGAGGAAACCCCGAUCAGAUGGUAGCCGUAGGUGACUCCGCCGGCGCAACCUCAGUAGCCAUGCUUCUCGCGGCUUUUGGAGACAUCGACCCAGGCCUGAUCAAGGGAGCCAUCAUGGAAUCCGUCUCCGUCGCCACCGUCCGCACCCUCGAUCAAGGCCAAGAGCAGUACAGCUGCCUGACCAACGCCACCGGCUGCAACAAGCAAGCCGACUCCCUCGCCUGUCUCCGCGGCCUCAACGCGACGGCCCUGCAGACGGAGGACUGCCAGUUCAACCCCAACCUCGACGGCGACCUCGUCAAAGCGCCGACGCUGCAACGCUUCGCCGAGGGGAAGUAUCUCAAGGUCCCUACCAUCGCGGGAACCUGCACCGACGAGGGGACCAAGAACGUGCCCCAAAAGACCGACACCGUCGAGGAGGCCUUCAAGAACAUGAACGAUCAGGCCACCCAGUCCCUCAGCAACGCCUCCCUCGCCCUCCUCACAGAGACCUACCUCGACAAGCCGCAGCCCGUCUUCCCCAAAUCAGGUAAACUCUGGCGCCAGCUCGCGACAGCCCACGGGGACUACAGAGCGCACUGCAUCACCAAAAUCUUCCAGGACGCCAUGGCCCGCGACGGCGUAGCGACCUUCAACUACCGCUACGGACCCCUCGACGACGAGCAAGAGGCUCAAGGCUUCGGCGCCUACCACACCGUCGAGCUAAACGGCGUCUUUGGUCCCAACAACACAGACGGCGCCCCGCCAAAGAGCUACUCCACCACCAACGCGCCCAUCGUGCCGCUGACGCAGGCCUACUGGGCCAGCUUCGUCCGCAGCCUCGACCCCAACGCCGCCAAGAUCCAGGCAGGGAUGCCCGUGUGGCAGGCGUGGACCGUCGACGGGAAGCAGAGGCUGCUGUUCCAGAAUAACACGGGCACGAUGGAGGGUAUGCCCGCGGCGCAGCAGGAUAACUGUGCCAUGUUGGCGCCCAUGAUUCCGUUCAUCGAGACGCCCGCUACGGAUGCGCAGAAGGCGUCUGUGAAUUUGCAAAAGGUGUCUGGGGCUACGGCGCCGGCAGCUGGCCAGCCUGCCAAGGCUCCGGCUGCUGGGAGCGGCGGCGGUAUGAAUAUGGGCGAGUCCAUGUCUGGCGGGCAGAUGGGGAUGGAGCCGGAGCAUGGGAACAAGCGUAAUGGCACCAAGCACGGCGGAGGAGAGGGCGGCGGUAAAGGUGGUGGCAAGGACAAAGGUAAAGGAAAGGGCAUGGGCCACAAGAAUGGUACGAGUCCUGAUGCUCCGAAGCAUGGAGGAGGAGGCGAAGGCGGUGGCAAGGGCGGCAAGGGUGGUGGUAAGGGGAUGGGACACAAGAACGAGACGAUGCCGAAGCCAGGAGGAGGUGGAGGGAAGGGAGGAGGCAGAGGUAUGGGAGGCAGAAAUGGGACCAACUCUACUCCUCCUACUGCACCUCCUCGGGUUGGCUCUGCUUCAAACAUGGGAUACGGACUCACCGGGGUGCUGUCGGCCACCGUUGUAGCAUGCCUCGGGCAAUUCCUUUUGGUUUAA